AUUUACGUCGAGUACUCCCUCUAUAUAUCUCUCGAAUCACAAUAUUAUUUUUUUGUAUCGCUUGACGCGCAAAUAAUACAGCGGCGAAAGUAAUUGAAUAUUCAUUGUUGUUCAUAUAAUUCGCGUAUAUUAAACACCUGACGACAUCUGUUUCGCAUUAAAUAACAGUUAACCGUGUAAGACAGAUCGAAGAUGUUCAAUCAAAGCGGAGGAUUACAAACGGGCACGUCGACCACUUCCAACCCAAUGCAAGAUUAUGAGGUUGUCUCUCCACCUGAUGAUUCUGUCUCCAGUCUCGCGUUUAGCCCCGCUUGUAUUCCACAAAAUUUCCUCGUCGCUGGCUCUUGGGAUUGUAAUGUGCGCUGCUGGGAGGUUGAGCAAUCUGGCAAAACUGUCCCUAAAUCGAUGCAAUCCAUGGCGGCUCCGGUUCUUGAUGUUUGCUGGAGCGACGACGGGACAAAAGUAUUCAUGGCAUCUUGCGACAAAACUGCAAAGUGUUGGGACUUGGCUUCGAAUCAGAGUAUUCAAGUGGCAGCGCACGAUGCACCUAUUAAAACUUGUCACUGGAUUAAAGCAAGCACGUAUUCGUGUCUUAUGACUGGUUCUUGGGACAAAACACUGAGAGAUUAUCCAAUGGCAGUAGUGGGAACUGCUGGACGUGGAUUGAUUGUUUAUCAAUUGGAAGGCAGUCCUCGAGAAUAUAAAUCAGUAGAACUGAACCUAAAAUAUCAGUAUCGAUGUGUUGCGAUUUUUAGAGAUAAGAAGAAAGUACCUACUGGUUUUGCAAUUGGCAGUACAGAGGGUCGCGUAGCAAUACACCAUCUGAAUUUAAGUUCAAAGGAAAAUUUCACAUUCAAGUGUCACAGAACAAAUGGAACUCCUAAUGGAUAUCAAGACAUUUAUGCUGUAAAUGAUAUUGCAUUCCACCCAGUUCAUGGUACUGUUGCAACUGUCGGAGGUGACGGUACAUUUGGAUUUUGGGACAAAGAUGCAAGAACUAAACUGAAAUCUUCAGAACCUAUGGAACAACCAAUUACUCGAUGUUGCUUUAAUCAUAAUGGACAAAUAUUUGCAUAUGCCGUGUCGUACGAUUGGUCAAAAGUAGUUAUUAAUGUUUUUGUUAAUUAAGUGUAAAUAAUGAAAUGAAUAUCUUCUUAUUUCAUAUACAUAAAAUGAAAAUAUUUAUUCUAUUUCAGGGUCACGAGUAUUAUAAUCCAGCGAAAAAGAACUCCAUAUUCCUUAGACCUUGCUUUGAAGAACUAAAACCUAAAGCGUCGCCGUAAGACCCAGAAGGACACCAUAUAAUCAGGCUAAAAAGUUUCUGAAUUCUGUGAUGUGUUUUAAGAUAAUAGGUUUUAUAAUUACAGAAGAUACGUUUACAUUAAUAAAUUAUAGUUUUCCUAUCUUCUUUUUAGUUAUACAAGUUUUCCACUGUUACGUCAUUAUAAUACAUUGUAAAUAGCUUCGAUAUACAGUACAAUUGUAGUUUACAUUUUUCAUCAUAUAUAUAUUUGACUAUUUUUCACACAAGCUCAUUGUACAAAGAUGUAUAUACAUACGAGAAGAGUCUUGUUCUUUUUUCACAAGUAUAGAAAUGUAAAAAAAUAAUUCCGAUAAAAACUCUUACAAUAUCUUGAAACUGACAAAAAUUAAACUAUUUUCUUGAUUAGUUAGUACUCUUUUAAAAUAAAAAAAUAUCAAUGCAUUUUGAUUUUUUAAAUGAAUAUUAGUAUUAUCAAUUUUAAAGACAUUUGUUAAAAUUGAAAAUUUGA